UAGUUGGUUGUGGGUGUGAGUGCAUUUGUUUGUGCGUAGAAAGGAAAGCGUAAAAACGCCUGAUAUCGAGGAUUGAUAUCGAUAUCAUAUAAAAAAAAACAAAAAGAAAUACAAAAAAGUGGCUUAAAAUUAUAAAUUUAACACCCAGAAAAGAAAAGUACUUGGAGCCGAACAUAGUCACCACAUUGACGAAUCGAUACCAAAACACCUAGCUUCACAAUGGACAUCAUGGACAUUCAGGCCGUAGAGUCCAAGCUGAGUGACGUCACGGUGACACCGAUACCGCGCAGCCAAGUGCAAAAUUUCUACAAUUACCAGCAACAGCGAGAGCAGCGUGAGCAGCAGCCUCAAAUCCAGAUUUCGGCCAUCCACCACUCCAGGGGAUCCGGGGGAGGAGGAUCCGGAUCCGCCAACUCGGCCACGGACUACUCAACGAGCACCGGAGGGAAGCGGGACCGGGAGCGCUCAUCCGUCAGUGACUACAGCAGCUCCUCCAGCAAACAAAGCUCUGCUGCAGCGGCCAAUGCAGCAGCUGCUGCCGCCGCCGUCGCUGCCCUCCAGUACUCCCCGCAGUUCCUCCAGGCCCAGCUGGCACUCCUCCAGCAACAAUCAAACACCACAGCCACACCGGCAGCCGCUGCAGCUGCGGCCCUCUCCCUGGCCAACAUGUGCUCCAGCAACGGCGGACAAAGAAGUUCCAGCUCAGGUUCCUCCUCGGCCAACAAUGGCCAGAGCAUGGGCCUCAACCUGAGCUCCUCGCAGCUGAAGUACCCGCCACCCUCCACCUCUCCCGUGGUCGUGACCACCCAGACCUCGGCCAACAUCACCACACCGCUGACCUCUACGGCCAGCUUGCCGUCCGUGGGACCGGGUAACGGACUGACCAAGUAUGCCCAACUGCUGGCAGUCAUCGAGGAGAUGGGACGCGAUAUCAGACCCACGUACACUGGCUCACGAAGCUCCACGGAGCGGCUCAAGCGAGGCAUUGUUCAUGCUCGCAUCCUGGUGCGUGAAUGCCUCAUGGAGACAGAGCGGGCAGCGCGCCAAUGAGAGGAGGAGUUGCUGGCGCCGCAACUGACGACGCCGGACUAAAAAGGACCAGGAGGCGAGGAUCACCCUCAUCUAACGACUAGGUUAAUUUCCCCCCAAACCAUAGACAGAGUGGGUCGAAUUUAUUGAACAGACAUCUUAGGAGCGAUUCGAAAUCCUAGCACAAUUGUGAGCCAUAGGAUUAAUUUAAUCUUAAAACUUUCUAAUGACUAUCUCAAGACAAAAGAACCUGCUCAAGAGAAGAUCACGCAUGUCUUCUUUUCUUAAGCACUUCUUUUUCGCCGUUCAAUUGAGUUGUUUAGGCAUUCCAAAAUUUUUUUUAUUCUUUUGACUUAUUUUUAGUUUCUUUAAAUUAUCCAUUCUCAACAGAGCGUAAGAUCGAAAAUACUCUAUAUAUUCUAACAAAUUUAUUGAUCAAAUUUUCUUGUGUUUUUAUAACAUUAAAUUUAACGUAUCAUUAUAAUUUGCAAAAGUCAAAGUCCUUCACACGAUUUUGCUUCUAUGAAAGGCCAGCAAUAUGUACUAUCCAAAUGGUAGACCCAUUUUCACAUGUUCAUUGUGAGCUAAAAGUAGCUGGUAAACUAUGAAAUUAUAUGGAGUUGAUAAGCUAGUUUAAGCUUAACGUGAAAUUGAGAAAACGGGCCUCGAAAAGCGCUCCGAAGAUUACUGGUUAUAAGCCCAUUCUAUCACCUUACUGUCCCCAUAAGAAGACACAUUAAAAAGUAGCAAUUUGUAUUAACUUAUAAGACCCAACAUCAACUUAAUGAAUAGCCUUCAGGCUGCCGGACCAUAGUUAAAGAAUGUUUAGACUAGCUCAGGUUACAAAACGGUUAAAUCUACAAUGCUAUAUAGCUGCGGCACAAGUUAUUGAACCGAACCAAUCUGCGGCAGAUGCGCCAGAUCGCAGAUCGCAGAACGCCUCGUAUUUGUAUCUUUACCAUAUACCAAUUAAUCUAAUCUGUAUCUGUAAACGUAAGACCAAGUGUGUGUGUCUGCGUAAUGAAUGCGAUUAUUAAUUAUCUAAUGGGGAUUGCCGGAGGCAGGAUGUCACUGCCAGGCAUCUCCUCGUUAUUUUAGAAAACUAUACAAAUUCAUAUAUGUAGUUAAGCAGAGAUAUAUAUAUGUAUACAUAUAUACUUGUUAUGCAAGCAAACAAUGUGCAUGUCCAAGUGAAUGGUGAAUUAGUGGCAAUUGACACGAGAAUAUUUAUAUAUGUAUACACAUGGAACACAACUUGUAUAUUGUAUAUUUACUAUAUGUAUGAGCAAAUACGACUAAGUUCAAGCCUGUAUACCAAACCGAAAUCGAAUUCGAAAUAAAUGCGCAAUUUUGGUUUUUGUAA